CUUAGCCAAAUCUCUCUCUCUCUCUCUCCCUCUCUCUCUCUAGAGCUCUCCCUCUCUCUCUUAAUUUGUUGUAGUUUUGAAGCAAAGGGAGAAAUUAAUUGAAGGGAAAUAACAAUGGCAGAUGAUAGUACAGCAACAUGCAUAGAUAUCCUCCUGGCCAUCAUCCUCCCACCACUGGGAGUCUUUCUCAAGUUUGGUUGCAAGGUUGAGUUUUGGAUUUGCUUGCUCCUUACCUUUAUUAUGUAUUUACCGGGGAUCAUCUACGCAGUUUGGGUCAUCACCAAGUAA